AUGACCGUUAAGUCGGCGCUAUUGUCAUCGGUUCUCAUCCUCUUCAUCAUCGGUCUCAUCGAUUACGCGAUUAUCACUGAACCCAACGGCUGUGACAUGACAUUCAUGUUUCAAUACCCGCAGUUUGUGUUAUUGCCACAUCGGGAACAGAUUGCUCUCAAGUAUCCCAACUAUCAUCUCUUUGCAUACGGCGAGGGUAAUGGUGACUUUAAAGGAGUUCCCGUCGUAUUUGUUCCCGGAAAUGGCGGCUCUUUUAAACAGGUGCGAUCUCUUGGAUCGGUGGCGUUGCGAAUGUCCGAUAAAUACUCAACUUUUCAUUUCAAUUAUUUUACCAUUGAUUUCAAUGAGGAAUACUCCGGAGUUAAUAGCUUUCAACUCCAAAGUCAGACACUAUUUCUUAAGGAAAGUCUCAUAAAAAUCAUGGAUUUAUACGAGAAAAAGGGGAGAAACGUAUCGCUUGUACUCAUUGGACACUCAAUUGGCGGACUCAUAAUUAGAUCAUUGUUAUCAUUACCCGAAUUUGAUCCGUACGUCCAUCGCGUAGAUUUGGUCAUAACUCUGGCCACACCUCAUAAAUCUCCAGUUGUUCCCAUUGACUCGCGAAUGACAUCGUUUUACAACGAUGUGGAAGAAUAUUGGGCCACAAAUCGGGAUAAUUUUCGUCAUAUGAACGUGAUAUCAAUCGGUGGCGGAUUCAAUGAUAAGUUGGUUCGUUCGCAUCUCACAAAACUCAAUGACGAUCACCCGAACGAUCUGACUGUCGUGUCCACAGCCAUCGAUGACGUUUGGGUCUCAACCGAUCACUUGUGUAUCGUUUGGUGCAAACAAUUAACACUUAAGAUAACGCGACUUCUCUUCGACUUAACCGACAAGAAGUCGCUGAAACUCGUGGACAACAUUGCGGACAGAAAUCGGAUCAUUAGAUAUCACUUCAUGGAGAGGACGUUAGGGAAGAAUUUUCCCGGAUUUCUAAUUCCCGAAUACAUAACACUCGCGCCGACCGGCGAAUGGACUGAAAACUACGAACGGAUUAUUAAAUUUACAAAACCAAAGGUCUUACAACCAAAUUAUAUGUUACUGCCAUUAAUGCGAAGAGAAAGUAUUGUUAUACAGUUUGAAGGCCAUUAUAGGCACGAUUGGGUGAUGGCCUGCUCUGCCGUUAAGAAAAAUAAUGUUACGCUUUGUGAUAAGGGCCGGUCUCUACACCAAUACGUACGGCGUUUGCCAUCGAAGCCCAAAGAUGUUGAGCGCCGUCUGUUCACUGGCCUCUCGUCUCUACUACUAAACCAAGGAUUUACUCAUUUAUUGUUAGCCAUCAGUUCAUCGGUAGAACCGGUGGACAUACAGAUCGAUCGGUUCACCACAAGCAUCCGGAGCCGAACCAUACAACUGCCAGCCCUGUGGCAGAGUAUCGUCCGGUUCUUCGCGUGGUCUACAGUGAUGGAC